AGACUGUCUGUAGCACUUUCCCCCCAAACCAAGCCACCACCAGAAGAGGCACAAAGAAACAGAUCUCUGCUAAAGAGGAAAGUUGUUGGGCAAAAACAACACGGAUUUUUAGCUGUGAUUUCAAUUAUUUUUCUGUAUGAGAGGCAAAGAUAAGCACAUUAGUUAAGUAUUUCUCGAUAAGUAUCUUCUUCAAGGGGUGUGUGUGGAAGGGGGCGUAGCAUGAACCAAAUUAAAAUGGCCACAACCACUGCUUCAACUUCUUACUCGGCAAAGCAAGCAGCAAUGGAUAAGCCACAAAUCAUAUUUGAAGAACAAUGGCCAAAAAUGCAGCCCUCGAUUGUGAAAUUGCUUCGCCAAGAACCUGUCAACAAGUCGGAAUGGCAUGACCUUUUCUACACCGUCCACACCGUCUGUAUGUGGGACGAAAAGGCUGCUCAAAAGAUCUUUAAAGCUUUACAGGACAACAUUGCUGAUUUUAUUAGACAGGCACAGCAGAGAGUGUUAACGCAUUCGGAAGACCAAGCCCUGCUAAAAGCGUACAUUUCUGAAUGGCGAAAGUUUUUCGAUCAAUGCAGCUACCUUCCGAAACCAUUCAACAAGGUAGAAGAUUCAUUAAAUGCUCUUCCGAACAAUUCGGCGGUGACAAAGAAGCAUAAAAGUGAUGAUAAUGAUGUUCGAAAGCUCAUGCUGGAUAGUUGGAACAAUCAGAUUUUUAUGAAUAUCAAACAACGACUGCAAUCUUCAGCGAUGAAAUUGGUCCGUGCGGAGAGGAAUGGAGAGGCCUUUGAUUCCGGUCUAGUCAUUGGUGUUAGAGAGUCGUAUGUAAAUCUGUGUUCUUCCGAAGAGGACAAGUUAAAAAUAUACAGAGAAAACUUCGAGAAGGCUUAUAUAGAAGCCACCGAAAGUUUUUAUCAAGUGAAAGCAACUCAAUAUCUGCAGGAAAAUGGUGUCCAAAAUUAUAUGAAGUAUGCAUUUGCAAAGUUGCGAGAAGAAGAUGCGAGAGCGAAAAAGUAUUUAGAACCUUCGAGUAACUCGAUACUAGCUUUAAUGGAUUGCUGCGUUGGCGUAUUAGUGACGACGUUUAAGGAUUCCAUUUUGGCAGAAUGUCCUGGGAUGAUCAAAGCAAAUGAAACAGAUAAGUUACAGUUGAUGUACAAGUUGAUGGAUCGCGUACCUGAUGGGAUCAGUUCAAUGCUCAAGGAUCUAGAGGAUCAUAUUAUUUGUGCUGGGUUGGAUGAUAUGAAGCAAUGGGCAGAAGUUAUAACACAGGACUCUGAAAAAUACGUUGAAAGACUGUUAGAACUAUUCAGGCGGUUUAGUAAGUUGGUGAACCAAGCGUUUUUAGAUGAUCCCAGAUUCCUCACAGCUCGCGAUAAAGCAUAUAAAAUGGUGGUUAACGACACUAGCGUUUUCCGUCUUGAGCUCCCAACUAGUAGACAGGGACCAUCAGUUAAAACACUCCCAGAAUCCCGUUGUCCAGAACUUUUAGCAAAUUAUUGUGACCUCCUGUUAAGGAAAACUCCAUUGAGUAAACACCUCACGACGGACGAAAUCGAAGCAAGACUAAGAGAUGUUUUAUUGGUCCUCAAAUACGUGCAAAACAAAGAUGUGUUUAUGAGAUAUCACAAAGCACAUCUUACUCGUCGUUUGAUCUUGGAUGCUUCGGCGGACUCAGAAAAAGAAGAGAACAUGGUCGAGUGGCUCAGAGAAGUGGGAAUGCCUGCAGAUUAUGUCAAUAAGCUUGCGAGAAUGUUCCAAGAUGUCAAAGUGUCUGAAGAUCUUAACAACCAGUUUAAAGAGCAAUACAGAAUUUAUCGUGGUCCGAUUGCAGACUCAAUUAACAUCAAAAUCCUUAAUGCCGGGGCAUGGGCACGUGGGAGUGAAAGGAUUUCAGUUUCUCUUCCGAUCGAACUGGAAGAUUAUAUUCCGGAAGUUGAAGAAUUUUAUCGGAAAAAGCAUAAUGGACGUAAAUUACAAUGGUAUCAUCACAUGGCAAACGGGACGAUAACAUUUUCCAAUUCAGUCGGAAAGUUUGACCUUGACGUUACAACUUUUCAAACCGCCGUGGUAUUCGCUUGGAACCAAAGACCCAAAGAGAAAAUCUCGUAUGAGAAUUUAAGACUGGCUACGGAAUUACCUGAUCCAGAGCUUAGAAAAACAUUAUGGUCUCUCGUGGCGUUUCCCAAAGUCAAGCGACAAUUACUUUUAUACUCUCCAGAAGUUCAAAGCCCCAAAGAUUUUACUGAAAAUUCAUUAUUCUGGAUUAAUCAAGAGUUUUCCGUUGUGAAAAAUGGUCGUAUCCAAAAACGUGGAAAAAUUUCGUUAAUAGGAAGGCUCCAGCUGUCCACAGAAAGAUCUCGAGAAGAAGACAACGAAGGCAUAGUUCAACUCCGAAUACUUAGAGUACAAGAGGCAAUUAUCAAAAUUCUCAAAAUGAGGAAAAAGAUUUCCAACGCUCAACUACAGGUUGAACUUGUCGACAUUCUCAAAAACAUGUUCCUUCCAUCGAAAAAAAUGAUUAAAGAGCAAAUCGAGUGGCUUAUCGAAAAUAAGUACAUGCGGAGGGACGAAGCAGACAUUAAUAGUUUUAUUUAUAUGGCAUAGCGAACCUAAUAAGAAUCAAGAUUUAUCACCCUUAUUCGUAAAUACGUUUAAUUAAUUAAUAAUUGUCAAUUCCACUCGAUUCACAUCACCUCAAGCUAGUUAUCUAUUAACUUUAUUGUGAGUAUACAGUUUCAAAUCUUUAUUUUUAUCUCAGGGGAUGAGCUUAGUUUUCAAGUUUUGUGUAGCUCAAGUGAGCAAGGUUAUUGAGGAAUGUACGGAAAUAUUUUCUGCUGUGAUCACUUCAUUUACAUAUGAAGUAACUUCCGGUUGUAAACACAUUUAUUAUGAUGAAUAUUCUAAUCUGUAUUGUUGUUAAAUUCCGAACUAAAAUAAGUAAGAAAUAUUUAGUUUAAUAUGUAUUAUGAACGUACUCUACUCGAGAAAACCGUAAAAUUAAGAUCUGAUUGGACGAAACUCGAAAUAACUGGUAAUAAUUUGUAGGUGUGUGGAUUAAUGGACAAAGAAUGUAGUAAUAAUAAUAAUUAUAAGUCAUUUAUAACCAGAACUGACAAGGAUUGUUGAUCAUUUGGUAUUUAUCCGGCCAAAAAUUAUGUAUGUAAUUUACAUUUCCAUUUCUUCAGCCAAAUAUGAAUGUACUCGCGUAUUAUGUAAUUAAGAAAGGAAAAUAUCUAAUAUCCAAAGAGUAACUGAUAUUACACAGAAAUUUGUAUUGCCUAAACAGCAAACUGUGACUUUUCUAUAUUAUGAUAGAAAAAUGAUUAUGCAAAGAAACGCAUUUUUUCCUUUGUCCAGAAAACCAGUAUAAUUAACCUAUAGUAAUAUUCCCCCUACCGUAAAAAAUGAAUCAAAAUAUGGACCAAAAAUCCUCUAUAUUUCAUCACACACUUGAGCAAUAUAGUGAUCCCAACAACAAAAUAGCGUUAUAUUAUCAUUCAUGCACUGAUAUUAUUAUAAAUAUGAUGUAAAUGUUGUUUGAUUUGAAUGAAAAAAACCAAACACAUUAUUAAUUAA